GGUGCGCCGGCGCAGCGCCAGCUCUCACCGCCUCCGACAGUCGCACCUGACGCGCCGGCACGGACUGCCGACCACACCGCACACACACACGCGCGCCGUACUCCAUACUACCCAUACUGACAACUGCGGUAUCAAAGUGCUCCAAGUAAAUAUUUGGAUUUAUUAAAUUAUUGAAUUAAAUUCAGUAAGUGUGAGCUUGGGAUCCGAGUGAGAGUGUAAGGAAAGUGAGUGCAGGCGGAGCAUGCGCUUGCGCCGCUGAUAUUUUCACUUUCUACGCGACGGGACACUGCGCAAUAUGAUUCCCGUAAUACGGACAGGCGCCAUACUGUGGCUCUUCUGCGCCGCCCUCGCAGAGGUCGCAGAACAGAACACAACGACUACGAAGACAAUCCGAACCACAAUACUGCCCUCGAGGACCACAAGGACAGAACUAAAAGUUUCCAGAAGUCUGAACCCUCUGGACACACAAACACUCAAUGUCAGAACGAAAGCAGGACACGUCACGCAGCUGAUCGUUAAGAAGAAAGACAAAUCCACCACAUACGCCAGUAGCACCACUCCCACACCCACCACAGCCUCUCUCAGAACUACUGUGCCAAUCUUCAACGCUACUGAAGAAAACAAAAAUAAGACAGAGUCGAGAGACCAAAGAAAAUUAAAUUUCAUGGGUGGAGUCAAUAGCGAUCUCGCUGGCUACGACUAUUACCUCAACCGCAAUAAAAGCCCUGAGGAAUUAAGCGAUGUCAAGGCAGAAUACGGAAACUGGUCACCAGUGUCAGUAUAUCCUGAAUCUGUUAUCCAAGAAGAUGGAAAGAAACCAGAAGCUGAUCCUGAAACGUUAAACUACUACCCCACGUACGAUAACGAGAAGAAGACAGAAAACAAAAAGGUCUACAUCACUUCAACCAGUCUCUUUGACUACGGUGGACCUAUCAAAAGCUACAAGUUUGACCCACACAACCCGGUCAUCAAGAACGACAGGAACCCAGUAUAUAUUGAAGUCGUGAGUACGAAAGUUUCUGAGGGUGAAGGUAAGUCUUACAAAGUGCCAGACCCUGUCGUAAUAAACUCCGAGCCAAUGUACAUAAAAAAGGCAAUUGAAAAAUACAAUAAUAAGCGUGGUAGGUCAAUCCUUACACUAGGCGAUGACGGUAUUCCAGAGAUCCAAGGUGUAAGAAUGCCUGAUGAUGAAUCUGACAAAAAAACCUGGCGCAACGCGAGAGUUGUGAACGGAGAAUUGCUUCCUUACCCAGAAGGUUACACUCCACCAAAAGCGAUCCCAGAAGCCGAUGUGUACCCAGACGUGGCAGCCGCUGACCCUUCGCAAAGUUUUGGACCUUUCACAAAGGAGGACAACUUCGAGCCCAAAGACGGACCAUUCACCAAAUUCGACAACCUGAAAUAUGAUGCAUCUGAAAGCGGGCCAUACUUGACGAGUGACAACCCGACGUACUCAUACAAACAGAAAAAAGACAAUUAUUAUCUUAAAUCCGGCUACGGUCCUUUCACCAAAGCGGAUAAUUCGAAAGUUGCAAACUCAAAACUCAUCGAGUAUAUUAAACAAAUUAACGAGCAGGAAUCGAAACGUGACUACUUCAGCGGCCGCAGCUCGAGGUCACACAAUGGAGACAUGGAAUUCGCUGAGAGCCACAUUCAGAGGCGUAUGUUGCAACACCCUGGUGAAGUCAAUUUUCCCAACUCCGCUCUGUACACACCCAAGAAUGCUCGACCAGGGUUCGACGAAAGUGUGAGGAAUCCUGUCCUACAGUACGCUCACCCUGAGCUCGGAGUCCAACCAGCGAAAGCCACGCGCGACAACUUGGAAAACUACGAAAAUAAGGAACGAAAAGUGAAAUACUAUUCGAACAACGUACCGAAAAGUGCUCACCCAUACCCCAUGGAACCAGUGAAUGGCUACGGACAGCAACGCUCCCAGACAUCUAUCAAUGCUAAUAAAUACUACGAAGACGAGUACAACAAGUUUUCUUACUACGAGAACAGCUACAACCCGCACCAAGGAGCCAGGUACCCGUACAACAACUACGCUUACAUCAAGCGAGUGGCCGAACCCUCCCUGUGGAAGAGGUUCACUGACUCUAUGAAGGACACAUUUAACAGUGCUAGCCAGACGGUUCAGCAACUCACCAAACCCAUCAUGGACCCGAUUGCUAAAGUCGCUCAACCCGUGUUUGAUCCUAUCGUAGAAGCUACUCAAAAAAUUUCAUCCAACUUGGGUUUGUAUCCAUCAAACUCGAUCCAAACACAGAGAUAUGCUCAAGACAAGAUAGGAGUGGUUGCAGCAGCUUCAGGCGCCCCCGCUAUGUUACCAGCUAUAGGCUUAAUGGCAGGAGGAGCAGCGCUCGGCCUCGGAGCUGUCGCAGUGGGAAGACUUUUAGAUGUAAACUUAAUGCACAGCGCUGGCUUUCGCGAAGAAGACAUACAAGAUGAGAUCGAGAAGGAGCACAAGCGCUCGUUUGGCUCUCCCUACGACAUCGACAGACAAAUACUGAGCAGUCAGAAGGUUUACGACGACAACUACAAGAUGCCGAGCGAGAACGUGUACGUGGUUAUGUCACCGGACGGUGAAGCCACUCGUUCCAAGCGCGAUGUAUUAAAUUUCUACCAAGAACCAAGUUAUCAAGGCGCACGCCUGAGGAGGGUGAAGCGGAAACAUGUGGUCAAACGAUCUCUCAAUGAGGACCUGCCUGAUGACUUGCAGCAUUUAGACGGCGGGUCGAGCUCGUCGUCGCUGACGUCAGCUGCCAUGGACCUGGUGAAGCAGACUGACUGGAGAGACUCUCAGUGUGCCAAGUUCACGUUCUGUAAGGUGCUCACGUCGCAGCCUUCGGAUUCACUCUUCGCGAUGGAAAAGAAGAUGGAGUCGCUAUUAAAACUCAUCUCCCGGGGAGACAGCACCAGCGCGGCGGUGGUCGCCCACCAGCUCGGUGACGUCAUGCAAGCCAGCAGAGACCACGACUGCCAUCGCUUCCGAUGUGACCUGCACUAG